UGAUAAUAAUAAUGAAUUGUCAGAUUAUCAUAAUUCUGAUGAUAAUUGGUAUGAUAAUGAACUUGAAGAUAGUUUGAACCAAAUUUUACAAACAAUUUUUAAUGUUAUGAUUGAAAAUGCAAAAAACUUAUCAGCAUUUACAAAUAAUCAUCUAUUAGUUUAUAUUAAAAAUUCAGAAAGAACAUAA